AGGCUUCGAAGCCUUGCUGCUGCACAACAAGCAGGAAGGCGGUGGUGACGUGGAUGAGUUCGGUGCCUGUGGAGUACUAGCGGAGCAAAUGGGAAACUGUUUUUCAUCGUAUCAAGCAAACCUUAACAAGAAGCCUACUUGCUCCAACGUAUGGGAGGUGUAUGAUGGGAUGUACAUCAGUGGGCUGGAAGGAGCGUGCGAGACUGCAUGCCUGAAGCAGCUCGGCGUCUCGCACGUGCUGAACUUGCUCGGCUGGGGAGCAUACAGGCCUGAGCUUGGAGGCCGGAGCGAAGCAUAUGCUCCCGAUGACUUUGUUUACAAAGUUAUCUACUCUCACGACAUGCCCGAAGAGAACCUUUCGAGAUUCUUCGCCGAGACGUCAAAGUUCAUCGAUGAGGGGAGAAAAGCCGGCGGCGUGCUGGUUCACUGCUUCGCUGGGAUCCCCCGCAGCUCCACCUGCAUCUGCGCCUACUUGAUGGAGUACCAGGCCAUGACGCUCGUCAACGCGCUGAAGCAAGUGAGAACGGGAAGGCCCAUCGCAAACCCCAACACAGGCUUCAUGAUCCAGCUCCUUGACCUGGAAGCUGACCUGCGGAAGAGAAACAUUCUCCCUGACAAGGCCGAGGACGACAACUCCUUCUACCUCACUGGGCCAGGCAGCUACAAGAUGGCGCCUGCCACCUCCUUCCCCUCCUCCCCUCAGACCCCGAGCAUGGGAUACGCAUUUCCUCCUCAGGCUGCAAGUUUUCCUCCCCCCAACCUCCUCACAGGAGCUCCAUGCGCGUAAUGUGAUGAAGAGACUUGUGUUGUGUUGUUGUUGAUUGUGUUAUCAAGUUUUUUCAUGUUGUUCCUGUAGUUGAUGUUGAAGUUUUUUCAUGUUGUUCCUGUAGUUGAUGUUGUUGAAGAUGACUUCUCCACUUGUGUUCUUGUUUUCUCUCGAUUGUGAAGGGAACUUUUUACAUAGAUAAAUCUUUUUACACUCUU